AUGGAAGAGACUGUAACAAGGAGGCUUCCCUUUGAUAUUUAUGGAUUGAAGGCAAAGGAGCUUACACUACCACUGCGGAAGUGGGCUUUGGCUGUUCCGUUCGAUCCCCACUUGAACUUCGGCGCUUCGACGGGCCCAAUAGCCCCAACCAAAAUUGCUGCAUGUACGAUCCAAUCGCAGCAUCACACUUUGAAAACUAACGUCUCAUCGCAUCCAACGUCCAAAUAUUUGCCCAGUACAUACCAACCGAGGAAAGCUCACCUUCAGCUAUUUGAAGGUUUCAGUAUGGAUAGUACUCAACUUUUACCUAUCAUCUUGGCUGUGGUAGCACUUGCAAUGGCUUCAUAUUUCUUAGCACCAAAAUCCGAACCCACUCUCUCACCAGAAGAUUAUAGACCAUUCACUUUAAAAUCUAAAACAAAAAUCUCUCCAAACACAGCUAUCUAUCGAUUCUCAUUACCAUCUGAAAAACAUAUUUUGGGACUUCCUAUCGGUCAACAUAUUUCAAUUCGUGCUGAAAUCAAUGGUAAAAACGUUCAAAGAAGUUAUACCCCUGUAUCAAGUGAUGAUGAUCGAGGUUAUUUUGAUUUAUUGAUCAAGACAUACGAUCAAGGAAAUAUAUCAAAAUAUGUAGCCAACUUACAAGUCGGUGAUUCGAUUCAAGUGAGAGGACCAAAAGGACAAAUGAAAUACCAUGCAGAGCUUUGCAAUAAGAUCGGAAUGAUUGCAGGUGGAACAGGUAUCACACCUAUGCUACAAAUCAUCCGAGCUUGUGCCAAAGAUCCUAAGGACAACACUCAAAUCUCAUUGAUCUAUGCCAACGUCAACGAAGAAGAUAUCCUUUUAAAACAAGAGCUAGACGAAAUCCACUCAAAACACCCUAAGAAAUUCUCGGCAAAAUGGAAUGGUGGGGUUGGAUUUGUUAGUAAAGAGAUGAUUGCCGAAAAAUUACCAUCAGCUACAGAAGAUUCUAUUAAGAUCUUAUUAUGUGGUCCUCCUCCAAUGACAACAGCGAUGAAAAAGUAUUUAGAAGAAUUAGAUUAUGAAAAAUGUAAAGUAGUGAGCAAAUUGAAUGAUCAAGUUUUCUGCUUUUGA